AUGACCAAUCAACCUUUGCUAAGACUUGUGACUGUGGAUGUCACAAAUACACUUAUUAAAGUCGUGGGUUCACCAGGGUUCCAGUAUGCUUAUAUAGGACGGAAGCAUGGAGUUACAAUGGAUGAAAAUGUGCUUAAUGGUUUGAAUUCUUUGAUUCUCCUACAUUGUAAUAAAUUUUGCUUUCCCUAGUUAAUCAUGAUUGUUAAAGAAAUAGAAAUAAAAUAUUGAGGAAGAAAAUUACAGAAAGUAAUUAAGAAAAUUGGUAGAGUAAUACAUUUAAGAGGAAGCAAAAUUUAACUCUAAACCUAGAUUUUUAAAUGAACAAAAAUAACACUAUUUAGUGUUAAUUUUGCAUACAACAUGUGCUUUUGAAUUAAAAAAAAAAAAUUCUGAUGUAUCAUUAGUAGACAUACAUUUAAACAUCAUAUAUUAAAACUUGUAGUCUGCUAUGGGUUUUAUUAUAUUUUUUCUUCAUUAGGUCUGUUUCUAAAGUACUACAAACAGUACUCUCAAAAAUAUCCCAAUUUUGGUGUACAGGAUAUGAUGCCAGCUCAUGUCUGGUGGGAUUCACUAGUAAAAGAUUGUUUCAGAGCAGCUGAUUCAACUAUACAGGAGCAUAAGCUAGAUAAAAUAGCAACUGAUUUGUUCUUUCAUUACACUACUCCAAAAGCAUGGGAGAUAUUACCAGGGGCGCUAGGUGCUAUCAAAGUAAGUUGAAAGUGGUAGAUUUGGAAUAGGAAAGUAUAUAUUUCUUGAGAAGGGAACAUAUGCUUAUAAUAGGGAAGACUGUCAUAUAGAUAAUUAUUUUUGCUUUACAUCUUGGAUGGAUAAAUUUAAUAGACCAAAAAUGUUAACUUGGAUAUUUCCUUUAGGGUGGUAUUUAAAAUUCUAAUGUCAACCAUAUAUGUUCAGCUGUAGUCAGAUUUGCUAAACAUUGGCAGAAACAGUAAAUUAUAUAAUUCUGCCUCUGGGAAUAACCCUCAAUUGGAGUCAGCCAACAUAGUAAUAUUAGUAAACAUGGCAUGGAAAAUUAUUUGGUGUCUUUAAUGCAUUAUUCUUUUCUUUCUUAGGACCUUCGUAGAUACCCAAUAAAGAUUGGUGUGAUAUCUAACUGGGACCAUCGUUUGUAUAAAGUUCUACUCACAAUGAAACUGCGUCCUUAUUUUGAUUUUGUUUUACCUUCUUCUGUGGUGGGGGUUGAGAAGCCAGAAAGUUUGAUAUUUUACCAGGCUUUAAAGGUUGGUAUCAAAUGUUAUAGUCACUGGUCUAUCCGGCAUCCUUCCGUCUCGUGAGACGAUGGUGCAUCACCGUUGGUUUGGGUUGCAUUUUCUCGAGUGGCUGUGCAGUCCUAUCCUUGAGUGAUAGUCUUUACCACAGUUUUUACACACGAGUUCCGUGCUUCCAAAUGUUUUGGCCUUUCUCCUAGCUCUUCUGUCUGCAGCCUCUUCCAUUCUUCGUUCCUCGGCUACCAUGACGCCCUCUUUGACAACUGUGCGCCACGUAGAUCGGUCUUUUGCCUUACACUCCCAGUCACUUGUAUGUAUUUUGGCUGCUUUCAUGUCCCUUUGACAGACAUCUUUAAAUCGCAGACGUGGGCGACCUGUUUUCCUCUUUCCAGAAGCAAGUUCACCAUAUAGGAGGUCUUUCGGAAUGCGGCCGGGACUCAUUCUUUUAACAUGACCUAGCCAUCUCAGGCGUCUUUCACAAAGGAUUGUGAACAUGCUUUGGCUAUUCGCACGCAUUAGGACCUCAUAGUCACUGGUAGUUCAACUGAUUUUAACUUAUGCUAGAUGUUAAUCUGUGCUAUGCACUAAAACUUGGCUCUUGAGAAUGAUGUCUUCUUAGUUUAAGGAAAAGCUGUACAUUGGAUUAUAACAAUCCAAAUUUUCUUUGCACUCCAAUUAUUUUUCACAUUUUAUAGCUAUUUUCUGAGAAGAUGUAUAUUUAAUGCUGUUUUGAAUUAAAGAUAACCUGCAUGUGAGAAUUUUGAAAUUAAUUGUGGCCAAAAAAAAGACUAGUAAAAUACAUUUGCAAAGUAAAUUAAUCUAUUCUGAUUAGCCAUUGGACUUUUAAAUUAAUAGUAAAAUCAGUCCUCAUUUUGAAUCCCCACAGGAUGCACAAUGCCAGCCUGAUGAGGCAAUCCACUUUGGUGACAGCCUUGAGAAAGAUUUCAUAGGUGCACAAAAUGUAGGGAUGGGAGCUUAUCUUCUUGCCACAAGCCAGGAA